AUGAAUACCUCUGGCAGAUGCUGCGAGACAGCAUUUGUCUCCUAUGGCACCAAGUCUGAGGUCCAUAACGCACCGCCGUAUGCAUGCUCGCCAACAGAAAAGCCAAAACGUCAGCGCUCAAAAUCCAAAUACCAACGUUAA